CCGUAACAUUUCAGUCGUCGCCUGGUUCUCCAGGGGGUAGGAUGUACACUCGGAUUUCAGGGCGCAACGAGAUAUUUCGACUGUGAAUUGCUCGGCACCCUAAACUAUGAAUAAAAGUUAAGAUUAGGUAGAAGAUGAAGAUAACAUAUUUAAUUUUCAUCACUCUCCUGUCCUUUUCGAGGGGAGGGGAUCUUCGUUUCAGCGAGGGAGUAAGGGGAGGAGUUGGUCGACUAAACGAGGGGUUGAGGGGAGAAGUUGGUCAACUGAACGAGGGAGAUGGAGGAAAAGUUGGUCAACUGAACGAGGGAGUGAGGGGAGUUUAUGAUGAGCUGAACGGGGGAGUGAGGGGAGUUUAUGAUGAGCUGAACGAGGGAGUGAGGGGAGUAUAUGAUGAGCUGAACGAGGUUGAUGAUGUAUGUGAUGAGGAGGAAUGUGUGGAGGAAGAGGAGGAGGAGUGCGGACUCUGCCACUCUAUCUAUAUGAGGGAGUGUGAUAUUAAGAUGGAGUAUAAAUACACUCCAGUCAAGGUAGAGGAGUGUCGUGAGACGACCUGCAGUAAGCUAGGGUACACUAGAACUUGUACAACUAAGCACUACACAGAGUGCUCUACAGAUGUACAGUACAACGAGAUGGAAGAGGAUCAUCCUGUUUGUAAUAUAGAGAAACAGGAGCGAUGUACAGAGUACGGAUGCCGGAAGGUUCCAGUAAUGAAGUGCAGGAUAGAGAAGAGGAAGGUUAGGAAGGGUAAACCCUCCACCUCCUGCAGGAGGAUCCCCAGGCAGGAGUGCAGGAAGGAGAAGUGUGAGAGAAGGAAGUGCUAUGAAAGGGUGAAGAUGCAGAAGGACGUUUACCCGCGUGAGGAGUGUGGAUACAAGGAGAGACGAGUGUGUCAUCAUACAGAGAAUCAGAACUGCAGGAUCAUUAAGAGGACACACUGUAAACCAUCAUCUAAACCUUGCAGACAAACAAACAGUGGAACAGACACACUUGGGUUUCCUGACACACUAACACUCAACUCUGCAGACGAACAAACACUAAAUUCAGUGGACGUACACACAUCAAGCUUUGAACAAUAUACACCAAGUUAUGCAGCCCAAACCUCUAAACCUAAACCUAAUCCUAUUUUUAAACCGUUUGCUUCUACCCCCUGAACCUACCAGGUUUACUAUAAAAAUAUAUAAAAAUGUAACACUUAGAAUCCAAAAAAGAAGAAAAGAAGUUACCCUGCAACACUCUUCACAACAUUGCUUAUUCUAAUUAACAGAUAUACUAUACAAUUUGCGUUUUUAAGCAAAAAAUAAAAUUUUAUUUGAA